UUCAAAAUGAGGCAUGUCAAGCAUUUUAUUUUUUUAGAAUAAGAAUUUAUUUAUAAAAAAAUAAAAUUGAGAGGUAAAGCAACAGUAGAGUAAGCACAUGACCCUUGCCUAUUUUCUUAAGUCUCUCUGAUCAUUAUAUAUAUUUAAACCAAAGACAAGAGAGUGGUUUAAUUUGUGAGGGAAAGAAAUUAAAAGGGAUUCUAUAAUAUAAUCUAUAAGAUAAGAUGGGUUUAUGUUCAUUAAUAAAUUUGAAUAUUGUUGUUGUUGUUAUUGUGGUUCUUUGUUGGAGUAAAGAAGUUUUAGGUGUGACACAACAAGAAGAGGACAGAGUGUAUGAAUUACCUGGGCAGCCUCAUGUGAAUUUCAAACAAUAUGCUGGUUAUGUCACUGUCAAUGAAACUCAUGGAAGAGCACUGUUUUAUUGGUUUUUUGAAGCCAUUCAUCAACCUCAACAAAAACCUCUUCUUCUUUGGCUCAAUGGAGGCCCUGGUUGUUCUUCAAUUGGUUAUGGAGAAGCAGAGGAGCUUGGACCCUUCUUUCCCCAAAAUAGCACCCAACCAAAGCUCAAGUUGAACCCUUAUUCUUGGAAUAAAGCUGCAAAUCUUUUGUUUCUUGAAUCCCCUGCUGGAGUGGGAUUUUCUUACACAAACACCACCAGUGAUAUAAGUGAGCUUGGUGACACCAUCACUGCUAAGGAUUCACACACAUUUCUCAUCAAUUGGUUUAAAAGAUUUCCUCAAUUCAAAUCACAUGACUUCUACAUUGCUGGUGAAAGCUAUGCAGGACACUAUGUUCCACAACUUUCUGAGCUCAUAUUGGAUAAUAAUCACAAUCCUUCUAAGGAAGACUACAUUAACUUCAAAGGGAUCAUGAUUGGAAAUGCACUAUUGGACGAUGAAACAGAUCAAAAGGGUAUGAUAGAGUAUGCAUGGGACCAUGCUGUGAUAUCUGAUGAUGUAUAUUAUAACAUCACGACCACAUGCAACUUCAGUAUUUCAAUUCAAAGUCAAACAAAUGAAUGCAAUACAGAACUUAACAAGUACUUUGAUGUAUAUAAGAUUAUAGACAUGUAUAGUUUGUACACUCCCAUGUGUUUCAGCAAUAACAGCAACACCAAAAGGGAAGCCUUCGUCACAAGCUCAUCCCCUCAUUCUCUUUCCAAAUUUGAUGGGUGGCAUAAAAGGCUAGCAGGAUAUGAUCCAUGUGCAUCAGAUUAUACUGAAUUAUACCUAAAUAGGCCAGAGGUACAAAAGGCAUUGCAUGCUAAUGUCACAAAAAUUCCUUAUCCAUGGACUCACUGCAGUGAUAAUAUAACAUUUUGGAAUGACGCACCAGCAUCCAUGCUUCCUGUCCUAAAGAAGCUUAUUGCCGGUGGUAUUCGCAUAUGGGUUUAUAGUGGAGAUACUGAUGGAAGAAUUCCAGUAACUGCAACAAGAUACACACUAAGAAAAUUGGGUCUCCCUAUAGUUCAAGAUUGGACUCCCUGGUAUACCAGCAGACAGGUAGGAGGUUGGAACAUUGUAUACGAUGGGCUAACUUUUGUGACCAUAAGAGGAGCUGGACAUCAAGUUCCUACCUUUACUCCCAAGCAAGCUCUUCAGCUAGUUCGACAUUUCUUAGUCAAUAAGAAAUUACCACAACAUCCUAUAUAACGACUUCUAUUUUAGAUUUUCAUUUUUAUGUUAAUUUGUUCCACAUAUAGGUUGGAUGUCUUUUUAAUUCUUUUUGGGUUAAAAUUAAUCCGAUUGUUUGUUUUUAUUACUCACUCGAAUUCUCAUUCAAGUGUGAAUUGUAUUAUUUGAAUCACUUACUAAUUAUAGUAUAUAUAUACGGCUUGAAUAUGAA